AUGGCGAAUGAGAAGUUUUCAUUCGUCCUGCGCAUGCGACUAUUUUUUGAUCCAGUCUUCGCUUACAUGGAAGAUCAAAAGAAUGGGUCACAUAAUCAUACAAAUCACAUCACUGGGUAUACACUUCGCAUAACAAAUGCUUUAUGUAAGCAUGCGUAUUGCUCUUGGUUACAAAACGUAGUUGAACCAAUCAAAACCGAUGGUAGAUGUUACAGGUUAUUAGCAAAUACAGAGUGGUCAAAUGCUCGUAAUCUUUCUCCUUAUGUUGAAGACAAUUGUCAGUUAAAUUGCAAUGAUUACGAAGAAGAACAUUAUGAUUCCGAUAUAGAAAUUGUACCACAUGGAGCAUCAAAAUUUAAACAUACAUUUUAUGUGCCAAAAUCAUUUUUCCCAUUUAUUAUUGGAUCUAAAAAUGCAGUUCGUAAAAAAUUGGAAACUGAAACAAAAACAACUAUACAGAUUCCAAAGAUGGGUCAGGAUGGAGAUAUUGUAAUAAUUGGUUCCGAUCACAAAGGAAUAAUGACAGCCCGUCAUAGAAUUAACUUAUUAACAGAAGCAACAAGAAAAAGGCUCCAGUGUACACAUUUUUUAUCAGUACCUUUAAAUGAAGGUCGUAUAAUAAUGAACUUUAAUAUGUUCAAAAAUGAUGUACUUACAAAGUUUGAAAAAACAUCCAGAGGCUUGGAUAAAAUGAUAUUUCAAACACCAAGCAAGUUGCAUCUUACUAUAGCAGUACUAACAUUGCUUGAUGAGACAGAGAAAAAGCAAGCUAUUGAGGCUUUAAAUUAUUGUAAAGAUCAUAUUGUGAAACCUAUAAUGGAGAAGCAUCAACAAAUUCAUAUAUGUUUACAAGGAACUGACAUAUUAAAUGAUGAUCCUAGUGAAACAAAUGUUUUAUAUGCAAAAAUAAUUGAUACAGAUGAAGCUCUGCAAGAAAUUGCAGACAAAAUCACAGACCAUUAUCAUAGUAUAGGGUUACUUGCAAAAACAAAACGCAAAGUUAAACUCCAUGUAACUCUUAUGAACACAAAAUUUAUGCUAGAUGAUGAACAAAUAGAACAGAAACAAAAGAUAACUUUAAAUACAUUUGAUGCAACAGAAAUAAUGAAAGCUCAUGAAAAUACAUUCUUUGGAGAAAUUACAUUAAAAGAGAUUCAUUUAUCACAACGUCAUACGAUUAGUAGUAAUGGAUAUUAUCAAGCAACUGCAAAAAUUAGUUUGGAUUAAUGUUUGUGGAUUACUGAAUGAUAUUAUUUUGUACAAUACUAAAAUAAAACGAAGUGUUUGAACAUAAAU